AUGUAUGUUUUGCAGGUUCAAGAAAACUCCCCAGCUCAACAAGGAGGACUGGAACCUUUCUUUGAUUUCAUCCUUGCGAUAGGACACACUAGGCUUAAUAAAGAAAACAAUAUGUUGAAAGAUCUGCUGAAGGCAAAUGCUGAAAAAGCAGUGAAGCUGGAGGUGUAUAAUAUCAAAACAAUGAAAAUAAGAGAGGUGGAGGUGAUCCCCAGUAACAUGUGGGGAGGACAAGGUCUUCUUGGAGCCAGCGUGAGGUUCUGCAGUUUCCAGGGAGCCAAUGAACACGUGUGGCACGUCUUGGAUGUUGAACCUGCGUCUCCUGCAGCACUAGCUGGUCUCCAGCCAUACACCGACUACAUUGUUGGAUCUGAUCAGAUUCUUCAGGAGUCAGAGGAUUUCUUUUCACUGAUUGAAUCCCAUGAGGGGAAGCCGCUGAAGCUGAUGGUUUAUAACACUGAAGCAGAUUCCAUUCGAGAGGUAGUUGUGACUCCCAAUGGAGCCUGGGGUGGAGAAGGAAGUUUAGGAUGUGGUAUUGGAUAUGGCUAUUUGCACAGAAUUCCAACACAGUCUAUAGUAUCAAAGAAAAAGCCAGAAAGCAAACCACCUUCACCCUUACCAGAAGCUGGAACGCCUCUACCAUCUACUAAUGGUUACACAGAGACUCCAUUAUUGGCACCUGCUUCUCAGAGUGACAACUCUGACAUAGUUAUGAACUUGGAUCAUUCCACAGAUCAAGAAAUGAGUGGUUAUUCACCAGAAAGCUCACUUUCUCCUCCUCCCCCUCUCCAGAGAGUUAUGGAUCCAGGAUUUCUAGAUAUGUCUGGUAUUUCAUUUCCUGAACUCGCUGACUUAACAAAAGCGUCCAGCAUGUCUUCAUCGGCCUCCUUCAACACGCCAGCAGCAGAUGCUUUCGUAGGCACUGAAAAGUUAAUGAUGUCCAACAAUGACGCUUCUGCUUAUUUUGAAAAUGCCACAGCUUUGGACCCUGAAGAUGCAACCAUGUAUUCUGAAGGCUCAGUCAAGCAGCCUGAGUUGGACAACCUACCGCCUUCAGUUCCAUCUUUACCUUCUUUUGCUCUUCCCAAUGAAUUUUCUUCAAAAACAACACUAGGAACUGAUCCCGACAGCCAAGAAACAAAGCUGCUCUUCAACAGUAUCGAGAGCUCGUUAACCACUACUCCGGUGAAACCAGAUGAUGAAGCAGCAUGUGAACAGAAAGAAGCAGCAGCUGCAGAAGACCAUGAGUGAAAUGGAUGCUGCUUUUGUUUACAGACUGCCAUAUGCUGUAAUACUACAGCCUGGAAUAUUUUUCUGAUCUUGAAAGAAUUGAAGUUACUCUAUUUUGUUAGUGUAGGCAAUAUUAUAAAAGAAAUCAUAUGAAGUACAUAGCCUAUUGUCUUUUCCGGUCAUUGUUUAAUGGAUUGAUCUGUGUUCAAACUUUGAAUGCUGUCCAAAAUCACGAAAUUAAUGGAGAGAUUAAUGCAGAAACAAGUUGGAGACUGG